UUAGUUCUUGGUUUUAUUCAGAUGUGAAAAUGCUUCUUACUAUAUUAUCACUGUGAGGUAUACUUUAUGCCAAGCAGAGAUAGAAGAAAGUUCUGAAACUUAAACAAUAAUUCUGUUGUUUGAAGUUUAUUUUUAAAACAUGGAGGAAGGAGAAGAGCUUGAUGUUGUGGUUUCUAACAGAUACUCAAUUUUUUUUAUCAGGCACAUCAAUUGUUUGAGACAUUAAGAUGUGAAGAGUAAGUUCCCUUUCUCACAUUUUUAUCUGGAAUCCAACCUCCCAUCCAAUGCAAAAAUCAAAGGAGGCUUUCUUCUCUAACAGUAUGUCUUAGCAGAGGUCAUCGUGCUGCCAGUCUUGGCUGCACUGUGAUGUGUUGAGGAGUGGUGAAUGUCAUCUGACACUUAAUCUUCAUCUGCACCUUCCUCUGCCUCUUCUGAGCACUUACAGGGAGGUAGGCUGGGCUCUUGCUCUAAGACUGUGUUGGGCCAAAGACUCAAUGCACAAAUGGGCUGCAGAGUUUAAAACUCCCCUAUGAGGCAGCAUUUGCUCUUGUUCUUAUGCUGUGUGAUUGUGCUGUGUAUGGCACUCUCCCAUUUCCUCAAAAACAAACCUUUUCCUGACCUGCCUUCUGGUGUAGCCUCUCAUAUGAAACAAGAACUUUCUGACAGAGCAAUUUGAUUUGGGAAGAUGGAUCAUUUUAGUGGUGGUAAAACCAUUAGCUUUCAUCUCUUGACCUUCACCCUCUUUUAGUGCAUGCAGCCAGCAGCUGCACACUCCCACUGCUGCUUGUGCACUUUGGGAAUUUAAUUGAACUUAUUGCUAUAAUAUAUUUUGUUGCUGAUUUGGGUAUUGGGAAGCAAAGAAGAUAAACAUUAAAAUAUUUUUCCUUCCCCUUUCCCAGGCUCAACUGCACUCCAGACACAUCUCCUCCCCUCUUGUUAUCUCCACAGGUUAUACUCAGUUCCUUUGGUGAGGCAAUGAGUGGCACAGGGGUUUGGGGUCAAGACAUCGUGGUUUCCCGCUGCUGCUCCUUGUUUCUCACCCUUUUCUUCCACUGCUGCUUCCUUCUUACUAAUUUCCUCUACUCCACUAUGGUCAUUCUGUGGGCCACAAUCUCUUUGGUGUUGUGGCUGCUCAGUUAUGGAGCACCUCCAACUCAUUCUCUUGUUUCUCUCCUUGUCACAUUCCCUCCUUGUCCCCUCUGGCUGCCAGUUAAUUUUCUUUUAUAGGCCCAAGUCAGACCAGAGAAGUGGUGCAAAAUAGAACCUGAAGUUCAAAAAAAGACAUAUAUAUAUUAAUGUAUUUCACUAAAAAAAAAGAUAUCCUGAAACUUUUUGGUGCAAAAUUUGAAAAGGCAGCUUGCAUUUAAAACCAGCAGAAAUGGUUGGUGGCUUAAAACUGCUUUCACAACACGGCUGGUUCUUGUCUAGGUUCUUAGUUGAGAGAAUAUACAUAAAUAAUGUAAGAGGUAAUUACUAUUUUACAGCAGUUUUGUGGUAAAUGCUGAGGAAAUUCUGCAAAAUAUGCCUCUGAAAGACUUGGCUGGAAAGAGCUAUGGCACAGACUAGAUUUUGUCAGCAAUGAGAAGCUCUGAGCUGAAAAACACAGAGUUCUGUUCCUGUAGGAUGCAACAGCAUGCCUUGGAGCUGCUCAGAAAGUGUUUGGCAGAUCAUCAACUACAGCUUGUCUGAAUCUGUGCUGAGGGCUGCAGUCAAUGCUCUAGAGCUGGGCAUGGGCUACAGACAUGAGCCUUGAAGCAGAACUCUGAAAUUCCUUCAAACUUUUAUUUUGAGGUCUAGUUUGCUCCUUACACUGAGCUAACCAGAAGGUUCAGAUAAAAGCUCAAAGUCCACUGCAGUCUGUGUGGGACAGAUGAAGGAUGUGGAAUUUUGCCCUAGAUUCAUCCUACCAUGAUGCCAGUGACAGAAUUGUUAGAAGGUGCCAUAGAUAAAAGGAAUCUCUUUGAAUGCUUAAACCCCACAUGUUUUGGACAAUAGUUAAAAUAUUUAAUUUUAUUUAUUUUAGUGUAAAUCACCCUCUUUUGUGCAGAAUGAAGAGACAUGCUAGCAGUUUACUAUACCUAUACUCUCAAAAAAAUCCCUAGGCAAAACACUUCCCUAAAAUCAGCUAUUUAAUGCAACCCCUUUGCCAGCCCUUUGCUGUGGGAACUCAGUCUUUCUUUCAUUUCUGAAACCAGACAGAUUCUUGUUUUGUGUGUGGAACUGAAUUUCUAGGAUUCAAGUCUUGAUAUCUAAAUAAUGAGCUUUCCUGACCACGACGUGCUGGGCCAGGCUUUUGAAGAUGCUCUAGAAGUGCUGCAGCAGCACUCUGACAGAGAAAUGCAGUGUCCACCAGGUUAUAAAAACUGCCUGACUGUGAUCAACCAUCACCACCACCUCCAAGCAAGUCCCAGUUACUGUGCAGCACCAUCUGGGGAGGAGCAAGGGUAUAGCUGGAGAAACGUGAUUAACAGUGCAGCGGAUUUUUAUGCAGAUGAGACUGUCUACCAUACACUGCAGAAUACUCCAGAAAGUCAAGUGAUGCAUGCUGCUGCUGGCCAGCCAAAAGCAGGGAAAGGUAGAAAAAAGCUUCGACUAUUUGAAUACCUCCACGAGUCUCUCUAUGAUCCAGCUAUGGCAAACUGCAUCCAGUGGGUGGAUAAGCCAAAUGGUGUCUUCCAGUUUGUCUCCAAAAACAAGGAGAAACUUGCAGAACUGUGGGGAGAAAGAAAGGGAAACCGCAAGAUCAUGACAUACCAGAAAAUGGCCAGAGCACUGAGGAAUUAUGGAAGAACAGGUGAAAUCAUUAAGAUCCGUAGGAAGCUGACAUACCAGUUCAGUGCUGUUGUUUUGAAGAGACUCGCUCCAUCUUAUUUCUUGGGAAAAGAAACAAUUUAUCAUCCCUACAUUCAGUCUAAUCAAGAAUAUCAGUGUGCAGAUGACUGGACCAGUUACAAUAAUUACAUGUACAACAAUGGUUAUGCAUUACAGCAUGCUAACAGCUAGACUUACCUGUCACAUGAACAGGCCUUUGUUAUCCAGCAAUCCUUUCCAGCACAGAAACUCUUCUCUCUACAUGGCUUUUCCUUUAAGAUAUCAUAAAAACACAUGAUGAGGAAGGGUUAAAAAAUUAUAUUGGCCUAUGGUUUUUUUUCAUUUUGAAGUUAGUGAUAUGCAGUCAUUGCGUCUUGAGGAAAUCUAGCAGCUAUAGAACACAUUCUAUUCUCCAUGAUGCUAGUCAAAGGAAUUACUGUAGUUUCAAGCUGAUCUAUUCAAGAAUAGGUUCAAUGCUUUUGUCUGUUAGUGGACAUUGAAGAUCCCAUUGUGACAAUACUCACUGUAAGUUUUAUGCAUAUCUACAAUCAGAAUUUAAGUGAUAUUGUACCACAGCUGCUGCAUCUCUAAGCUAGAAAGGGAAGAGAUUUGCCAACUGCAUGAAGCUGCUGUCUGCUGUUUUCACCGAUGUUCUUUAUAAAAGGACAUUUUCUGAGUGAAUGCCUGGCUGAAUGAUAGAGUCCACAUGAGGGUGCACCUGUUGACCAACUUGUUAAUGCUUAAUCACUUAAAUUAACAUAUCUUAGCACAGAUCCUGACAUGUGGUAUUAGGAUUGCCAGGUGCACAUUAUACUGUUGGCAGUGGAUUCAUUGGGACCAUGAGAGAGUUAAUAAAGGAUUUGUGCUUUUGAUUAAUUUUUUAUUAAGUUUUGUACGGUUCUUCCCCCACUAAUAUGAGGAGCUCCACUUUUAUCCAGCAGUUCUGUACUGACCUAAAAGACAUAUCUUUGCCAUUUAUUUUAGGUGCUAUAACUUUAUAAAUAAAAUUUCACUUCUCCAGCUCUUUUUCUAAAUGGGAAUAUAGCUGAAAGGCUCAGUAAUUUUACAUUCUCUUCCUGGGGAAGAAGAACUAAAUUUAGGCAAAAAGAGAAUAGUGGACCCUUAUGUCAGGAUAAGACCUAUAAAUCUACUUUUUCUCAUACCUGACUACUUUUUCUGUUACCUGACCAGCUUGUAUCUUCACAUGAGUUGUCUUUUGUGCUGAAAUAUUUCCAUUCAAUUGCGUUCAAUUCCAACUUCUGCAUUUUGCAGUGUGUAGGCUUGGAUAUUAAUAAAGACAGAAAUAAUUUCUGUGGAGAGCUAUAAAUGGUGGGCUGAUAUGUUUGAUGAAACUCAUUGACUCUGAUAGUUGCCCUUUGCUCUGACUCCUGUUCACUUGUAAA